UAUGAUUGUGCAAAUUCAUUCAUUUCGAUUAAAACAAACAAUAAAGAAAUUUCGAGAACGUAACAAAAACAAAACGACUAAUAUACGAAAACAUAUUAAUAACAUUUGUCCCAUUUUGAUAGAAGUGUGUUGAACUCGUGAAAUUAGUUCACGAGAUAAUUCAACAAGUUGCGUGAUACAGUUGCAAGUGACAAUCACAGCUUCGCAGACGAUUUUGAUAUUAAUAAAACGAAAAUGCUGCCAUUAUUGUUUCUCGUUCUUGCAUCGAGAGCCACGGCGGAGUUGUGUCCGUACGUCUUCGACAACCAAUCGUACAGCAGAUCCUCAAUAUUAACAAUAAGAGGACUACCAACCAACCUUGUCCACAACCCACAUACGGGCGACAUACUUUUCACUUUAAUCGACCUAGAAUCGCUACAAAACGAUGAAGUUCAGACCAAAAUGGACCAAUACAUACUCAAGAAUGGAGAGCCAAUCAAAAUUGAUAAUGUAAACGGCCAAGCUGCAGCUGUGGAUGUAAUGAGAAACAGAAUAUACAUAGCAUCAGACGAUGGCUUAAAUGUAUUGAAUAAAACGAACAAAGCUAACUUCAUAAGCUUGAAAGAUGAAGAUAUUGUGCAAAUAUAUAAACCACAAAAUGCCAUGGAUGUCUUAUAUGUAGUAAUAUUCCCUGAAAAUGAAGUGUUUACAGUUAAUCUGAAGAGGAACGAGAAGAAAAAGGUAGAUCACGUCCCGUGUGCGUUUAUUCUGGCUGUUGAUGCUGAUGAGAAUGUAUUUUACGAGUGCGACUCAAAAUAUGUUAAAGUUUUGUUAAAAGGUUUCCAAGAGCCUAUAGAGUUUGUUGGAAUAGCGAAGGAUACGGCUCGCGCUAUUACCGUAGACGGUAGUGAUAGGGUGAUCUUAGCAGCUAAUGAUGGUCUUUAUCAUUUAAGGCCAGAUAGUUUGAUUCCAAGGAAGCUAAUGAACUUGGAUUUUGUGCCUUCAGGCAUAGCAGUACACAAUGAAGAUAUUUAUCUGGCGGGUAUUGGUAUGAUCUACAAAUACAGUCCGGCUGAAUGUAAAUAAAUUAUUAAAUUAC